AAUCAGCUCAUAUGAUUUUAUGUUUGUUUUCACUUCCAGUUGCAAAUGAAGAUGUUGGGAACACCCAGGGCUCCAGAGGUGAGACAGGAGGAAGGAGCCACAGUCAGAUCAAUCUCUUCAGCAAAGAAAUUAUGCUGGCAAAGAGCAGACCAAACCUCGGCGCCUUGGGUCACCCCUCGCUUUUCUCCCACCUCAACCCACACAUUCAAGAUGAGCGCUGGACCAGAACAAAUUCAUCUUUUCAUUGCAAAGCAUAUGACUGGUUUGUCACCUCGUCGUUAUUUCCCUCACCCUCUUCUCAAAACCCACACCUUUAAAAAAAAUCAUUUGAGCCAGUUUUGGCUUUCCCAUUUGGUCGGCAUCUUUAUGAAACCGAUGGAAACAGAAACAAAACAGCACUGUUCUCAAAGGCCUGGAGGGAUGAACUCAAAGAACUUGCUGCUAACGUUAGACUGUCUCCUCAAACCCAGAAAGGACAAAACGAGGUUUGUUCGUGGCUGGAAGGCACAGGACCUGAUCCAAACUGGGCUCCAGAGAUGGAUGUAAAGCAGGCGAGUGGCUGGAAGCCGAAAGAAGAAGAAGAACUGGAAGGGGAGCUUGUUUGAUGAAAGAUUCAGUAUCCAGCUGAAACUGGAAGAAUCAUCCCAUAGUGCUCCACAUCCUACCACAUCAAGCACCAGCACUGGAAGUAUCCCCAGCCUUUCCACGAUCAAGAACUCAAGGUUUUGGAGCUUCUUUGUGAGAUCCUGCAAACAGACUGUCAGCAGUGCAGCAGUCUGCUUGCAGGUCAAAGAAGUAAAAAGCCUAUACACGAUCUGGUGAUGGGAAUGAUCAGACAAGCUCAGGAGGAUGGUGCCGACCUCCCGGGUCGCAGCAGGCAGAGCUUCCAGAGGUUUCCCGUUUCCCACGCUCCAUCAGGCGACCUGCUGCGGAGAAGAAUGCAGAACAUGGACUGGGUGAAAGCAAAUACAACCUGCAGCACGGAAAAACCGGUGAGGAUAGGAGGAGCACAGGUCCUUGAAGUCCAUGCAGGAGCUCAUGAAGAACACCCUUGA